UGCCUGUCGGGACAUCCAACCUUACCAUGCAACGUACUCAAGUUCAAAUCUACCACCAUCAUGUUGGAUUGCGGGUUGGAUAUGACCUCUACCCUCAAUUUCCUCCCAUUGCCACUGGUUCAGAGCCCCAGGCUGUCCAAACUUCCUGGUUGGGUUUUGAAAGAUGGAAGCACGUUUCUGGACAAGGAACUAAAGGAGUGUUCUGGCCAUGUGUUUGUGGACUCUGUGCCUGAGUUCUGUUUGCCAGAGACUGAGCUGCUUGACCUCUCCACAGUAGAUGUAAUCUUGAUCUCAAACUAUCACUGCAUGAUGGCAUUGCCCUAUAUCACAGAGUACACAGGAUUCACUGGAACGGUGUAUGCCACUGAGCCCACUGUUCAAAUUGGCAGACUUCUCAUGGAAGAACUGGUGAAUUCCAUUGAACGUGUGCCAAAGGCUCAAUCUGCCUCCAUGUGGAAGAACAAGGAGGUACAGAGGUUACUGCCUGCGCCUCUGAAGGACGCAGUGGAGGUAUCUAUGUGGAGGAAGUGCUACACUAUGCCGGAAGUGAACGCUGCACUCAGUAAGAUCCAGCUGGUGGGAUAUUCUCAGAAAAUUGAGCUGUUCGGCGCUGUGCUGGUCACCCCUCUCAGCUCAGGCUACGCCCUUGGAAGUUCCAAUUGGAUUAUCCAGUCGCACUAUGAAAAGGUUUCCUAUGUUUCGGGAUCUUCCCUGCUUACAACACAUCCUCAGCCUAUGGACCAGGCUUCUCUUAAAAAUAGCGAUGUUCUCAUCCUGACGGGUCUUACACAAAUCCCUACCGCUAACCCAGAUGGCAUGGUAGGAGAGUUCUGCAGCAACCUGGCCAUGACUGUCCGGAACGGAGGAAAUGUACUGGUUCCUUGUUACCCCUCAGGAGUAAUAUACGAUUUGCUGGAGUGCCUGUAUCAGUAUAUUGACUCUGCCGGACUCUCCAAUGUCCCUUUUUAUUUCAUCUCACCUGUUGCCAACAGCUCCCUCGAGUUCUCCCAGAUCUUUGCUGAAUGGUUGUGUCACAACAAACAAACAAAGGUAUAUCUUCCAGAACCUCCCUUUCCCCACGCUGAGCUCAUUCAGACAAACAAACUGAAACAUUAUCCGAGCAUCCAUGGAGACUUCAGCAAUGACUUCAAGCAGCCAUGUGUUGUGUUUACUGGACAUCCCUCUCUUCGAUUUGGGGAUGUGGUUCAUUUUAUGGAGUUAUGGGGAAAAUCUAGCUUGAACACUGUUAUAUUCACAGAACCGGAUUUCUCUUAUCUGGAUGCCCUAGCUCCUUAUCAACCUUUGGCUAUGAAAUGUGUCUACUGCCCCAUUGACACAAGACUGAAUUUUAUUCAAGUGUCUAAAUUACUCAAAGAAGUCCAGCCUCUCCAUGUAGUUUGCCCAGAGCAGUACACUCAGCCACCACCCACCCAGUCUCAUCGCACAGAUCUGAUGAUAGACUGCCAGCCACCGCCAGUGUCCUACCACAGAGCAGAGGUGCUGACUCUCCCAUAUAAACGGCGCUACGAGAAGAUUGAAAUCAUGCCAGAACUUGCAGAUUCGCUCGUGCCCUUGGAGAUUAAGCCUGGUAUUUCCUUAGCAACAGUUUCUGCUGUGUUGCAUACUAAAGACAACAAGCAUGUGCUGCAGCUUCCUCCAAAACCUCCGCAACCCCCCGCGAGCAAGAAGAGAAAGCGGGUGAGUGAUGACGUGCCAGAAUGUAAGCCUCUAAAGCCAUUGCUGAGUGGCUCCAUUCCUGUGGACCAGUUUGUGCAGACUCUGGAGAAGCAUGGUUUCAGUGAUGUAAAGGUGGAGGACACGGCCAAGGGCCACAUCGUACUCCUGCAGGAGGCAGAAACUCUCAUUCAGAUCGAGGAGGACUCUACGCACAUCAUCUGCGACAACGAUGAACCUCUGAGGGUGAAGCUGCGUGAUCUGGUUCUCAAAUUUCUGCAGAAAUUUUAGCCCAUGGACAUCCUGCUGCUCUGUAAGGAGACACUCCAGAGCACCAGAGCUCAGAGCUUUCCAGGGGGUGACUCCAGAGAGACUCCCCUGAUUCAAAGAGACCAGAAACCUCCUCCCCUUUCAUGAGGAAGCGAGGAUGUAUUUUUAAUAUCUAUAUAUUUUUUAAUUUUAUUUUUAACCAGUUUUGGAAUACUUUGAAGGGGAUUCCUGUGCUGUAAAGCUGAGUGCUGGACCCUUUAGGAGACAUGGACUGCUGAGUAAAUAAAAACCGCGUAUAUUUACAAGGUCAGGGUGAAAUUGUGUGCAGGAGCAGACGUUUCUCUGUGUGACCCCCUACAGCAACGUGUGCCCCAGUCCUCUGCCUGAAGAAACUCUUUGCAGGAAUACUGAAGCAAUGGCCUCAGAUAUUAAGAGAUUUAUUUUUCUCCAUGCUGCCUCUUCCCAGUCACCAGAUCCAGUUUCCUGUAUGUCCUUCUCCAUUUACACUGUCUGUGUGCGUGCGUUUCACGGGCGGCGGCACAAGCAGCAAUGGGAAAGUUGUUAAGGCAAAGAUUCUCAAAAUAAAAACAGAAAAAAAGGGGCUUACGCUGGACACGUACGUGGAGGAGCUUUGCAGUGGCAAGAACCUGGCUCUUCCACCUAAAAGCAGAGGGAUUUUGGAAAAGCUUUACACUGGAGAAAAGCAAGGUGUUUAUUGACGCAGCAGCCUAGUUUGUUACGACGAGAUUCAUCCACGCAGCUCUAGGUGCUUUUCUGAGACACCCGGACUGGAAAACCGGUUGCUUGUGGCUCCCUCCAUCGUCAGCGGAGAGAGAGGUACCGCAGGGAGGGGUUGCAGUUACGGGGGGGUGCCUGGCCCUCUCGCCGUGCCCCGUCUCUCUUGGCUAUUGCGGGAGCCGAGGAAACUUCGCUCCUGCCUGAGCUGUUUCCGUUAGGUAUGUAAGGGUACGUGGCAUGAAUCUGGGACCUCGAAGCCUAGCUGGGGUGGGGAGGCUUUCAAAAGUACAUGCAGUAAUUAAACUCCUAAUGCUCAUGAAAAACCUUGGCGAUUUAAGUGCCUCUUGUUUCUACCUUCCAAAAACCUGUCCUUUCAGCCCGCACAUUUCAAAAUCCUGGUUGAAAUACUGGGAGUCAUUGGUACAAAGCCAUCCGUAUUGCAGAUCCGGGGAGGCUUUUCACUCCCAGCAUCAUGUAUUUGGGGCCUAAACUUAGUUGAUAGUAAUGCUUUUAAAAGCAGCUGAUUUCUAAGGCUGAUUUACUGCUGUUUCUUUUUUUUUUUUUUAUGGGAUUGUUUUGUAUUUAUUUGGUGUUAAAAAUAAAAAGCGUAGUAAGACUGCCAAGGAGGAAGCACAUUUCUGUGGUUUAUAAAAGCGUCUGCGUGCCCAGCCCGCAUCCGCGUGUGCUGUGCGUACACAUUUGUAAAAUAUACCUGCGCCUUCGCUUUAUAGCUGUGGGGAGGCUGAGGCAGUGGA